AUGGCUACUUACGCUCUGUCCGAUUCCCACCGGGAUCAAAUGCACAACACUCUUGUGGCCAGCGACCCUGAGGUCGCCUCCAUCAUGGAGAAGGAGAUUCAGCGUCAGCGCGAGUCAAUCGUCCUGAUUGCCUCCGAGAACUUCACUUCCCGUGCCGUUUUCGAUGCCCUUGGUUCGCCCAUGUGCAACAAGUACUCCGAGGGUUACCCCGGUGCUCGUUACUACGGUGGCAACCAGCACAUCGAUGCCAUUGAGAUCACCUGCCAGCAGCGUGCUCUCAAGGCCUUCAACCUUGACCCCGCCAAGUGGGGCGUCAACGUUCAGUGUCUUUCCGGCAGCCCCGCAAACCUCCAGGUUUACCAGGCUCUCAUGCGUCCCCAUGACCGCUUGAUGGGCUUGGAUCUCCCCCACGGUGGUCACUUGAGCCACGGCUACCAGACCCCCGCCAAGAAGAUCUCUGCCGUUUCCACCUACUUCGAGACCUUCCCCUACCGUGUCGACCUCGAGACUGGUAUCAUCGACUAUGACACCCUUGAGCGUAACGCCGAGAUGUACCGCCCCAAGUGCCUGGUUGCCGGUACCUCCGCUUACUGCCGUCUGAUUGACUACAAGCGCAUGCGCGAGAUCGCCGACAAGGUUGGCGCCUACCUCAUUGUCGACAUGGCUCACAUCUCCGGCUUGAUCGCCGCCGGUGUCAUCCCCUCUCCCUUCGAGUACGCCGAUGUUGUGACCACCACCACCCACAAGUCUCUCCGUGGUCCCCGUGGUGCCAUGAUCUUCUUCCGCAAGGGUGUCCGCAGCACCGACAAGAACGGCAAGGACGUCCUGUACGAUCUUGAGAACCCCAUCAACUUCUCCGUCUUCCCUGGCCACCAGGGUGGUCCCCACAACCACACCAUCACCGCUUUGGCCGUUGCCCUCAAGCAGGUCGACACCCCUGAGUUCAAGCAGUACCAGGAGCAGGUCAUCAAGAACGCCAAGGCUCUUGAGAAUGAGUUCAAGGCUCUCGGCCACAAGCUCGUCUCCGACGGCACUGACAGCCACAUGGUCCUGGUUGACCUCCGCGCCAAGAGCCUGGAUGGUGCUCGUGUUGAGGCCGUUCUCGAGCAGAUCAACAUUGCUUGCAACAAGAACUCCAUCCCCGGCGACAAGUCUGCCCUCACCCCUUGCGGUAUCCGCAUUGGUGCCCCCGCCAUGUCUUCCCGUGGUAUGGGCGAGGAGGAUUUCAAGCGCAUUGCCCGCUACAUCGACCAGUCCAUCAACCUCUGCAAGAAGAUCCAGAGUGAGCUUCCCAAGGAGGCCAACAAGCUUAAGGACUUCAAGGCCAAGGUUGCCGACGAGAGCGUCCCUGAGAUCUUGGCUCUCCGCAAGGAGAUUUCCGAGUGGGCCAGCUCUUUCCCUCUCCCCGUUUAA